AUGACAUCCGCCACACCACCAUCUCGACUCGACCGCUUCCUCGCCGCCCAACAAUCCCUCUACGGCCCCAACCUAUACUCCAUCCCCGACCCCCAAACAUGGACCCCGCCCCCCAACUCCGGCGGCCACAAAGGGCGCUACCUCUGGACAGACGCAUUCGGCGUCCUCAACUUCAUCACCCUCCACCGCGAGACCUCUCGCCACAAUGAUGACAACAACAACAACAAUCCCUACCUCACCCUCGCCCGCCGCCUCGUCCACACAGUCCACGACAUCCUCGGCCGCACACGCAACACCAACAACCCUACGCGCCUCCCAGGCGCCACAGAAACCAAUCCCCUCGGCGGGGGGCUCCGCAUCGGAAAACAAGAAGAGCACGGCCCCGACGGCGACGGUCAAUACCACCACUACCUAACACUGUGGAUGUUCGCGCUCAACCGGCUCUCCCUAGCCACAGGCGACGCAGCCUACAACCACCAAGCGGUCUCCCUCGCGCGCGCCAUCCACCCCAAAUUCGUCCUGCACCGCGAGUCAGCCCGCCCCAGGAUGGUGUGGAAGAUGGCGGCGGACCUGUCAAGGCCGUUGGUUUCGUCGGAGGGGAAUUUGGAUCCUUUGGAUGGGUUCGUCGUGUUUAGGCUGCUGCAGGCGGCUGAGGGGCAGGCGGGGGGUCGUCCUGUCUUGGAGGAUGAGAUUGAGGAUUAUAGACGGGUGAUGGCGAGGAAGGGGUCGCAUUUUGUGUCGUCUGAUCCGUUGGAUUUGGGGAUGUCGAUGUGGACGGCGCAUUGGUUUGUGGAGAAGGAGGCGUGGGCGACGAGGUUGGCGGAGCAGUGUUUUGAGCAGAUUUACGAACUCUUCGAACUCGACAACUACCUCAACCGCAGCAUCCAGCGUCGGCUCGCCUUCCGCGAGUUCGGAACCGGUCUCGGCCUCCAGUGCAUGGCGGGCCAGUCAUCCGAGAAAGACCGCGCGGUGGACCUCACGAAAUACGCACAGGCGAUCCUCGACGCAUGGAAUCCGUAUAUGAGGGUCUCAUCGGAGAGUAGUACCACGCCGGAAGACCUGCGACCGAUUACGCGGGUUAUGUAUGCCGCGGCGCUGAUUCCUGGAGCUUUUCAACGGGGAUAUUUGGGUCAGGAGCCUAGUGGUUUACCUGAGCAGUGA